UUGAACUGCAGUGAGUCAGCUUCCAUCUUCCAGGUGAUCCAGUAUGCUUCUCAAGGCCGCUACGAAGUUGCUGUUCCACUUUGUAAACAAGCGCUCGAAGAUCUGGAAAAAACUAGCGGUCAUGACCAUCCUGACGUGGCGACUAUGCUGAACAUUCUUGCGCUGGUGUAUAGAGACCAAAAUAAAUAUAAGGAGGCUGCCAAUCUUCUCAAUGAAGCACUAGCCAUCAGGGAGAAGUGCUUAGGAGAGAACCAUUCUGCUGUAGCCGCCACUUUGAAUAACUUGGCAGUCCUUUAUGGCAAGCGUGGAAAGUUCAAGGACGCUGAACCACUUUGCAAACGUGCUCUAGAAAUUAGGGAGAAGGUGCUUGGUCAUGACAAUCCAGAUGUUGCUAAACAACUCAACAACUUGGCUCUCUUGUGUCAGAACCAAGGAAAGUAUGAAGAGGUGGAGAAGUAUUACAAACGUGCUUUGGAAAUCUACGAGACAAAGCUUGGACCAGAUGAUCCCAAUGUCGCAAAGACGAAGAACAAUCUCUCAUCAGCAUACUUGAAGCAAGGAAAAUACAAGGAAGCUGAGGAACUGUACAAGCAGAUUUUAACAAGAGCGCACGAGCGGGAGUUUGGCAAGAUCGGUGAGGAUAAUAAACCAAUCUGGCAGAUAGCUGAGGAUCGGGAGGAGCUCAAGCAAAAAGGCGGUGCAGAUGCAGGGCCAAUCGCUUACAACGACCUUGGUGGUUGGCACAAGGCCGCAAAAGUUGACAGUCCAACUGUAACGACAACACUGAAAAACCUUGGCGCUCUCUAUCGACGUCAAGGCAAGUAUGAGGCUGCGGAAACACUAGAAGACGUGGCUCUUAGGGCUAAGAAGCAGGUAUGUGUCUUUUCACUUUUUUUGUACUCACUGCCGUCUAAGUGA